GACCAUACUCAAACACGACCAUCCACAAGCACCAUGGAGGAUCCUGUGGGCCACCUGGCCGAACCAACGUACCCUCAGCAUGCCAAUGGACAUACAAAUACGCAAGAGGAGGAAGAGCAGCAAGAAUAUAGCCCCGUCGCAGGCCCCUCUGGCUCGGGCUCGGGCUCCUACUCUCCAGCCUCACGCUCCCCCACCCCUCCUCUCACCCCACCGACUCCUCUACCUCCUCUUCCUUCGUCCUUGCUCCAGUCCAUCUUUGCCUCGUACCCCCUUCCCAUCUCUCUUCCCUUCCCACAGUCACAUCCAGAUCCUCAAAAACGCACAGUAUGCAAGCACUGGCUCAGAGGUCUCUGUAAGAAGUCGGAUGCGACUUGCGACUACCUACACGAGUACGACAUGCGCAAGAUGCCCGAGUGCAGAAUGUUUGCCACAUUUGGCUUUUGUAAUAGCGGAGAGGACUGUCUGUACCGGCAUAAGCUGCCAAGGGAGAAGAGGCGGGAGUGUGAAGAGUACAGGAGGGGCUUCUGUCCAAGAGGACCCGAGUGCGCUAAGAAGCAUAUCCGCAGGACAGUCUGUCCUUAUUACGUCGCCGGCUUCUGUCCAAAAGGGCCAGAAUGCAAGCAAGGCCACCCGAAAUCGACCGAACCUUCACCCCAGUCUCGUCGCACAUCUCCGAUCCUGAAUCACAAGCCUCUCUCGGCAGAAGAAGCAUUUGGGCCUCCCCCGCAUCUGAGGGAAGGAGGCGACCAGACACGUCCUCCUCGCCGCGAAGGUGGGCCGCCGGGCGAUAGGAGGGGAGGAGAUCGGCCUAUGCGAGGACAGGGGGAUCGACCGGGAGGUGGAGGGAGAGAUCAUUCACAGGUACUUUGUUUCAAGUGUGGAGAAACGGGACACUACGCCAACCACUGCCCGAAUCCGAACCGGCCUGGAAACCGUGGAGGUGCAGAUCGAGAUGAUCGCGGAGGAAGAGGUGGUGGCCGACCAGCGCCGUACUGAGAAUGCGAGGAAACACAGAAAUCAAGAAGCUACACUUUUCAGACCAGA